AUCUUGUGUGUAUAUGUGGGGGGCUGCCAUAUGCUUUGUCCUAGCUGCCACUCACUAGAUGCUGGUGGCACAUCACACACACACACACACACACACACACCCUCCCCAAGAUUGUGAUACUCAGAAAUGUCUCCAGACCUUGCCAAAUAUCCCCUAGGGGACAAAGUUACCCCCGUAUUGAAAACUACUGGGCUGGAGUAAGGCCGACCUGCCUCGAGGUCCAGAGAAGUGGAGAACCACCGUCCUGGUUCUACUCUCUAGUUCCUCAGAGCCCACUGAACAAUCAAGCUGCUGGGCUUCGGAAGGUGGAGCUUAUGCAGAUAAGCGGCAGGUUUUGGCAGGGAGGAGGUGGCUUUAUGCAGAUAAGGGGGCGGUGCCUGCAUGUUGAUUAGCUGGGCCAGCUGCCGACGCGACUGGGAGCCUAGCAGGUCCCGCUGCGGUUCGGGCUAAGGUGGCCUUUCUCUUCCUUGCUCACCCCCCCACCACCCGAGGUUCCUACCCUCAGAGGAUCCCCCUCGACCUUUACCCUCAUUCAUUUCUCCCUCUGCUCCCCGCGGCAGUGCCCCCGUAUCCUAAUCGUUCCACUCGUGGCGCCCCCCGCGUUUCUCUUCUCCCGCCGCAAACCCCGCGACCUCCAGCAGCCCGCCCCCGCGGGCCCGAUCCUGCCUGGCGGCUCCCGCCGCAGCCUCCUCACCCUUCCCGCUCUCCCAGGGCUCGCACCACUACAUCCGCGGUUGUCUCCCCUCGGGCUUCCCGAUUCUCUCCUCCCGCCCCCUCGGAGCCCCCUCCCCCGCCCUGGCCAGCAGGCAUGCAGGUGUCUAUCGCUUGUACCGAGCAGAACCUUCGCAGCCGAAGCAGUGAGGACCGUCUGUGUGGACCCCGGCCGGGCCCCGGGGGCGGUAAUGGCGGGCCGGUCGGCGGGGGGCAUGGGAACCCUCCGGGGGGAGGAGGGUCGGGCCCCAAGGCUCGGGCCGCAGUGGUCCCCCGACCCCCAGCACCCGCUGGGGCCCUCCGAGAGAGCACCGGCCGAGGCACUGGCAUGAAAUACAGGAACCUAGGAAAGUCUGGUCUUCGGGUCUCCUGUCUUGGCCUAGGUACCUGGGUCACAUUUGGUUCUCAGAUCUCAGAUGAGACAGCAGAGGAUGUGCUGACAGUAGCCUAUGAGCAUGGCGUAAACCUGUUUGACACCGCCGAAGUGUACGCAGCAGGAAAGGCUGAAAGAACCCUAGGCAACAUCCUCAAGAGCAAAAGUUGGAGGAGAUCAAGCUAUGUCAUCACCACCAAGAUUUUUUGGGGAGGACAGGCAGAAACUGAGCGAGGCUUGAGCCGCAAACACAUCAUCGAGGGCUUGCGAGGAUCCUUGGAACGCCUCCAGUUGGGAUAUGUGGACAUUGUUUUUGCCAAUCGCUCAGACCCCAACAGUCCUAUGGAGGAGAUUGUGCGAGCCAUGACCUACGUCAUCAACCAGGGCCUGGCCCUAUACUGGGGGACAUCUCGAUGGGGGGCUGCAGAAAUCAUGGAGGCCUACUCCAUGGCCAGACAGUUCAAUCUGAUUCCUCCAGUGUGUGAACAAGCUGAGCAUCAUCUGUUUCAGAGAGAGAAGGUGGAGAUGCAGCUGCCAGAGCUCUACCACAAGAUUGGUGUUGGCUCAGUCACCUGGUCCCCUCUGGCCUGUGGCCUCAUCACUAGCAAGUAUGAUGGGCGAGUCCCGGAUACAUGCAGGGUCACCAUCAAGGGCUACCAGUGGCUCAAAGACAAAGUGCAGAGUGAAGAUGGCAAGAAGCAACAAGCCAAAGUCAUGGACCUUCUCCCCAUCGCUCACCAGCUGGGCUGCACUGUGGCGCAGCUUGCGAUUGCGUGGUGUCUCCGCAGUGAGGGUGUCAGCUCAGUCUUGCUGGGGGUGUCCAGUGCAGAGCAGCUGAUAGAACACCUGGGCGCCCUACAGGUGCUGAGCCAGCUGACCCCGCAGACGGUGAUGGAGAUAGAUGGGCUCUUGGGCAACAAACCGCAUCCCAAGAAAUAGUUCGUCGGUGGCGCAGGAACCCAAACCCGGAGCCGCUGCAAGGCCGUGAAACACUUCCCCGCCUUCGCCCCGAGGCCCUCCUGCUCCCGAUCCCUCCAUUUAGCGGCUGAGGUGGGGCGUCCCCGCCCACUAACGAGUUCCGGCUUCGAGUAGCGAUAGCAUGAACAAAGCCAUAUCCUCCCGAAGUGGGGCUUGAGAGGGAAAGUAGUCCGCCGCCCCCUGCUGCGUUCUCCGAGGUCUUCUUGCUAAUCCUGGUUAUGAGCUACUGGGCCGUCCCCUCUCUGCAAUUGGUCUUGCUCCCUUUCCUCUUCCCCUAAUCGCCAAGGUCCAGGGGGAAAAAAGGCAGAUACAAAACACAUGCAGAGUACCUCAGAAGUGGCCCUUGAAAUGUCAUCAAGGGGUAAUAACAGCCUAAUAAGAAAUGAGCUGUGAUGUCAUCACGGCCAAAGGAAAUGGGGCUCUUACAUUACUCAGUACAAAGGAAGCCGGGCUGGUCCUGGCAUGAAGUAAAUGAUAAUCUUUGGAAAACCAGGAGCCUGCCUCUGCUUCAGGUGGAGGAGGGCUGAAAACGAGAACCAGUGUUGGUACUUUGUUCUUGCUGAGAGGGGUAGGGUGGGGCAUACAAUGACAUAGCACUGAUGAGGGAGAUUUGAUGGUCCAUGUAUAGCAUAUCCUGGCAAAAGUGGCCCGGGUCGCCCUUGGAAAGCAGUUGGGCCACGCCUCACAGGAAACAGUGACAGCCUUUAGGUCACGACAGAGAAAUGGGGUUGACAUUAAAAGGCCUGGGGAUAAACUUUUAAGCCUUGGGCAAGACUUCCUACCUGGCAGUGGAGGGCUGUAGUCUUCCUCUGGCAAUAAUCUUAAAGCAAUAAUGAUGGCCCCUCUUGUGUAAGACUUCCCAGGGAACUGUAAAUAAAAUCUCAGCUUGAUCAUCA